AAGAAACAAAAACAGCAACAACAGCUGAAUCAUCGAGCUACAUAGGACCACUUUCAUUCACUUACAAAAAUCCAUUCCUAUUUCUCAAGCAUGCAACGUCAAGUGGCAAUGAGCUUGCGCAGGGUUCUGAGCCAGCCAAAGCGAGCACAAGAAAUGGUGAGGCGUGUGACGGAGCCGUGUGACGUGUUCCUGAACCACCGGAGCAUGGACACCAAGAAGACGGUGGCAACGUUGAUGUAUGACCAUUUGAAGAGGCACGGCUUCAACCCUUUCUUGGAUAACAAGACCAUGAAGCCCGGGGACAAACUGUUUGAUAAAAUCAACCGGGCUGUUAUGGAAUGCCAGAUCGGAGUGGCGCUUCUGUCUCCACGCUACACCGAAUCUUACUUUUGUCUCCAUGAGCUGGCGCUUCUUCUCGGGUGCAACAAGAAGGUUAUUCCCAUCUUCUGCGACGUUAAGCCUUCGCAGUUGCGUCUUGUCAACAACCCUAAGUGGUCGCAAGACGAACUUCGCCGCUUCAAGUGGGCUCUUGAGGAGGUUAAGUACACCGUGGGACUCACGUUCAACUCCUCUAAAGGGAACUUGUCAGAGAUUGUGAAUAGUGCUUCUGACAUCAUCAUUGGUAGCAUGAUAGAGCUGAAGGAUGAAGCGCGUGUGCAGCGUAAAAACUUGGCAAUUCCUCUUUAGAACUUAAGACUUCAAAAUGUUGAACUGUUCUAACCAUGCACUGCUCAUCUGGAAUUAAUCCUUACUUGUAAGGAUAAUACGUUUUAUAUCCUUCUAUUGCUACCUAA